GAAAACUCAUGCAUAAUUUUUGUCUUCAUGAAGGUCCAGUCAACUGCUUAGAUGUUCACCCCUAUGAGUUUUUAUUGGCUACAGGUUCAGUUGAUACGACUGUUAAAUUUUGGGACCUUGAAACUUUUGAGUUGAUCGGUUCUUCUGGACCCGAGAACAACCGAGAAUACUUUGAGCUGAUAUUAUGGAGAGGUUACAUAAAGAUGGUAUACUAUCAAGGGCAAGCAAAGAUGGUUAUACAGUUAACCAGAUAUUAUGGAGAGGCUACAUAAAGAUGGUAUACUAUCAAGGGCAAGCAAAGAUGGUUAUACAGUUAAUCAGGUCAGCGCCUUCAGAGCAAAAUAACA